AUGCCUCGCGAAAACAUCGCCCACGUAGAAGACGUUGACGAGGAAACUGGCUCCGUCAUCCAGGGAACCGGACAGUACGCCCAGUCGAUCGCUCCAGGAAGCCCAGGCAAGACAAAAGCCAAUAGCAAGUCCCGCAGGGAAAAGUCGAUGAGAAGACCUGUCACCUCCCCGCAACACGCUCUGACCGACUCGGAUGACACCGUCCACCCUGUCGUAUCCGAUAAGAGGGAGAGGGAAAGGGAGAGACGUGCUCAAGAGAGGGAAGCGGCGGCGGCAGCAGCUGAAAAAGAUGCCCGCCGAGAGGAGAAGCGUCAGCUCAGGAAGGAACAGGAGAGGGCUGCCCGCCAUGCUGAGCGCGAGCGCGCUGAACGGGAGCGAGAGCAGCGUGAGCGGGCUGCCGCCAAAAAGUCCGCAGUGCGCCCAUCAGCAAAGCACGUCAAGACAGCACCCGUCGUCCAUACCCAGCAAUCAGACCAGUACAGAAGACCACGAUUUGAUGACGACGCCUCGCAGUACGGCAUCCAACCGGCAUCGGGCUCGCGGCCCAGAGCCAUGUCAACCCGCCCAAGCAGCUACUAUGGCCCAGGUUCCCGACCUCCGACGUCCAACAAGCAAUGGCAUUCCGCUCAGGCUGCCUCGCCUUUUACCCCGGCACCGAAUCCUUCGCCCUUUGCGCCAUCUCCUCACGCGCCUCCCCUUGCUUCUCAGCAUGCUCCAUCGCCUUUCUCCCCGGGUCCGAUACCGGUUCCUAUGCAAGAGCAAUCCCCCUUCGCCCCGGGCACAUCAUACCCCCCACCAGCUUGGGGCCCAGGGAGUGUUCCGUACCCGAUGCAGCCACCGCCUCCGCAAACGCCGACCGACUACUUCCCCCCAGACCUCAUGUCUAGCAGUCCUCGGCAUUCUAACCUGGCUCGACGCUUCCAGCAGAGGCCUUCGUCCGCCAUGGGACAUCGAUCCAUGUCGGUAUCUUCUUUCGACUAUGAAGAUUAUGGGCCGACCUACGAACAAGAGAACAUCGUCAGGCGGCAGUCGCUGAAGAUUCGGGACGUUGAAGAUCGCAAACUGAUGCCGCCACCCCCGCCGCGUUCGAGGACGGCUGUUCCGUCACGACAGGCACUUCGCCCUCCGCCUCCGCAGCGACAAAUUGCGUCUCAUGGCUACGAGUCGGAUGAUUUUGAUGGCGACGAAUCCAUGUACCAGGAGAUCGUCCCUCGAGGAUACGAAUAUGACGAUGGUGUGGUUUCCAGGCCUCGUUCGCACCGCCGGGGCUCUAGCACGUACAGCCGUGAGGGCUACCAGAUCGAGCCCGUUCCCGCCCCCCGCAGUAGCCGCCGUCAUUCAUACAUGGCUGGUGAGAGCGGUAGCAUGUCGCAAUCCAAGUACGACUCUGCUGCGGCCGCUGCUUUAGCCUACCAGAACGGCGUGAGCGGCGCUGCGGAACCUCUGACUGCUGCGGCUUUGUCCAAGGCCGAGAAGAAGAGCAAGAGCAGCAGGUCCAGUGGGAGCAGCGGAAGCCGCGAUGAGAGCGAGUUUCGACGCAGUGCUACUACACGAACCACUCGGUCGUCCACCGGCGACGGCGAAGACAUUACCAUCAAAGUCACUGGACAGGCUGUCCUUAGGGUAGGCAACGCUGAGAUCCAGUGUCAAGACGGUGGUGAAAUCAACAUCAGCCAGCUAGGACGCCUCGGCGGCAGCGACAGGGCCAGCACCAUCUACUCUGACGACCGUCGGAGCCGCAUGGAGCGACUGCCAAUCCGCGCUCGAUCCCCAAGCCAGUCCGACUCUUACAGUCGAGCCCAGUACGACGGCUACGACUACCCAAGAAUCCCGUUUACCUGA